AUGAUCCCUCGCAAGUCAUCCAUGUCUAAGAAAACUAUUGGGCAACCUAAAUUCAUCUUAAAAGAAGAUAAUAUUUUAGAUUCCUCAUAUUUGGAGAUGUAUUAAUAAAAUAAAAGUCACAAUCCUGGUUAGAGACUAUAAUAAAUACUACAAAAAUAAAUAAAUCAGUCCUAAAAGAAUAAAUCAGUCGAAGAUGAUAGAUUAACUAGAUAAUAAUUUAUUAAUAGAAGCUAAUAAGUAGUCCGUUAAGAUUUAGGAUCAUAUACUCCUUAAAAUAUUUAAGAGAAGAGAAUAAAUAGUUAAAAUGUACUCUAAUAUUAACAUAUUAUAGAGUAGAUAAGAAAAUUACAAUUAGAUUUACAGUAGAGUAAACAUUAAAAUCAAUUACUAAUUCAAGAUUUCGAAUAAUUGAGAGAUUAAUUAGAAAAACAAUCUGAAGAAUUCAAUUAAGCCUUCGAAUUGAUAAAUGAAGAAAAAUAAUUAAUCCAAUAGGAAAUUGAUUAGAAAGAUUAGAUAAUUGCUUCGUUAAGAUAAUAAUUGUAAUAAUUGGCUCCUCCCAGUAAAACUUAAAUGCAGAUAGAUGAGAUCAAAAAUAGGAUCUUAGCUCGUAAAUCUGUACAUAGAAGUUCUAGAGAAAACAUCACGCCAUCAAUGAAUGAUAUGGACCAAUCAGCCAGAUAAGAUUUUAAAGAAAACUUCAUGGAUUUCAAUAAUCGAAUAACCCUCUAGAAAUCUAUUAAAUGA